AUGCCUACUUUUUCAAAGGAUCAUAAUCAAUGUCGGCAGGUCGUUUGCACACUUUGUAUGAAAAAAAGUGACAGAGAAAUUUCAGAAUAUUUCAUCAGUGAAAUCAAAAGAUUGAUUUCUGGCAACAUCAACUUUGAUGAUGAGAGGGUUCCACGAGGGAUCUGUGUCACCUGUAGGUUCCUGCAUAGAAAGUUAGCUUCUGGAGAUGAAGAAGUGAGUAUACCUCAACUUUAUGACUUCGAAUCCAUAUUGAUCAAACCAUCAACUCGCCAGACAACUAAAUGUGAUUGCAUCAUUUGUCAAAUUUCAAAAACCAAAGGGAAAGGAAAGCACCCCUUUGAAAAACCAUCUCAGCAAGAAGUGCAAAAAGAAGAAAAAUCUUUUGAAAAACGAUGCACAAAAUGCCUAUCUGUCAUUGCUCGAGGACUGCCUCAUAACUGCAAAGAAGCAACACGUCGUGAAAACUUGAAAGCUCUGGCAUUGGCAGAUCCGUUAGGGGCAGAGCAAAUUGCAUCAUUCAUCGUUUCUUCCAAAGAGGUAUCUUCCGAUGGAACUAUUCUGAUUAGCCGGUUUCAUGGAAAGCCUCUUGAAAUCAGACCAGGAUCAAAUGCAACUCAGGGUCUCUCCUCAGAGCCAUUGACAACACAAGAUAUGAUUAAUAUUCAGCAAAACAUUGGACUUUCUAACAAUGGAAUGAGAAAGCUUGGGUCAGCUUUAAAUCAAAUAAGUCCUGUUCGCAUAGUUGAGGCCAAUUUUCAACAAAAAUUUGCUGCAGCUGGAACUACCCUCAAAAGUUUCUUUACAGUAACCACUUCACAGUUACCAGAAUCAAAUGAAACACGCCAUAUUGUUCACUGCACAAAUUUGGAAACCCUCAAAGAAAAUAUUGUUUCAUCCAGAGGCUUGCAAAACUCAAACUUCUUAAAGCUUGGCAUUGAUGGUGGAGGAUCAUUCUUUAAGGCAAGUUUGAGUCUUAUCAGUGAGCAUUAACGAGAACCUCACAGUCCUGUUCAGAAGAAAUCAAAAUUGAUCACCAAAGACAACUUCAAAAACACAAGUGUUCAAAAACAACUGAUUGUUGCCAUUUCAGAGAACACAC